UUACGAUCUGGUAGUAUUAAAUAAAAAGUGAAUGAAAAAAAAGAAACCAAUAAUUUAAUUGCAUACAAAAAAAGUCAUUUUGUCAGGUUACAAAAACGGGAGAAAUAAUUUUCCAUAAUGGCUUUUGAUUUAGGCAUCGACAAAAAUCUAUUUCUAGAUACUACAUGUCGAACAUGUAGCCGAUUUUUUAGCGAAGAUGUGAAAUUCUAUAAAAUAUUUGAGGAAAAACUAAAGGCUGCUACAACAAAUGAGGGCGGUGGUGGUGCAGUGGUUGAUGGUAAUGGCAUGCAGACGGUAGGUGACCUAAAAGACAGCAAAGUGUAUGAGACGUGCGAGGAGAUUAGGGAUAUAUUGGAGGAUUUAAAUAUAUGGAAAUUGAAUAUCAAACCAUUUGAUGGUUUGCCUCAACAAUUGUGUGAAGAGUGCUUUCAACGUUUUAAACAGGUUAAAGCAUUUCGUGAAGAAUGUCUGGACAGUCAAAGGGUAUUGCAAAGUUACUUUUUGGACUUUGAAAAUCUAUUGGAAGUGGGCAAAUUAUCUCCAGCUGCAGACUUGGUAAAAUUGGAAUUGGACACCAAGGAAGAUUUGGUAUUAGGCAAGGACUCGGCUAGAUCUUCACCUAAAUGUUGUACACAAGAUGUUAUGUCCCCCUUUAGUAGUCCACGCUUGAGACUAAGUCCUCGUUUUGUCGAACUAGGUAAUUGUCUCGAUACCUCCUCCUCCAUGGGUACACCACCUCCCCUAUUUGAGGAAAUCAAAACAGAACCCAUAGAUAUGGAAACUAUGGAAGUGAUGAAAGCCGAAUCUGAAUUACCCUAUCAGGAACCUUUAAAAAAGGAAUAUACUAUAAGAUCUCCCAAUAAUUCUUCGGAUGAAGAAUCUUCUACCCCUACCACAGAUGAAGAUGAAGAGACAGAAGACUCCUCUUCUUCGGAUGAAGAGUCCUUGCAGGAUUUCAAAUUUAAACAACAGAAGAAAAAAAUGCACUCAUAUUUGAAAUGUAAAAUAUGUGGUCAAUCCUGUCAAAAUCGCCAACAACUCAAAAUGCAUCACAUGCGUUUUCAUCCCCAGGAAAAACCAUUUGAAUGUGACAUUUGCACCAGCACCUUUAAGUCUAGUUUUCUUUUGGCACAACAUAAACUCAAGCACAAUCGUCCCGAUACCAUGCAGUGUGAGGAGUGCAAAAAAUAUUUCCGCAGCCAGCUGCAUUUGCAAAGACAUUUCAAGAAUUUCCAUUUAAAAUCUACCUACACUUGUCACAUUUGCCACCAACAAUUCGAAAAUUACACACAAAUGCGUUUUCAAUAUCAUGUCCGGCAACAUGGUGAAAAGCGCUUCUCUUGCUCUUACUGCGAUAAAGCAUUCCACCAAAAGAUCCAUUUAAUCAAUCACGAGCGCACGCACACCAAGGAACAGCCAUUUCGUUGUGAUUUAUGCGGCAAAGCCUAUCGCCAGCAGACCGCCUGCCAGGAGCACAUGAAAACACACAAAGAUCCCACACCAUUUAAGUGUAAACAUUGUUCUAAAGAAUUCUCACAACGUUCGACACUGCGAAUACACAUGCAGAAAGUGCACAAUUUGGAAAAGCAGUCAUCGAAUGCUGCACAAAACUUUGGCAGAAAUUCGGGAAAUACGCCUGGCGCAUUAUUUGAGCAGCAUAAUUUUAUGGGUUUUUAAAGAAGAAGCAUGUAUACAUUUAUUCUAAAACAUAGUUUAUAUUCGACUCUUGAUAUUUUGUAUUUAAACAAAAAGUUAAUAAAAUAAAUAUUUACUUAAAAUAAGCUUAA